ACACGUACGGGUACGGAUAAAUUGGCGGUAGAGCGCAUAUAUUUUCCCGCCUUGUGGUUUUCGCGGCGACCUUAAAACCCUACCGAUCCAAAAAUCCCCGUCUCUCAUCUCUUGCAAUCCUUCACUCCCUCUUCCUUCGCAUGCUUUAGGGUUAGCAGAGGACGUUCAGUUCGAUCAUUCUGUAGAAACAAUGGACACGUCAAGUCCUGCGGUGUUCGUGAACGCCGAGCUUCUCAAGAUGCACGUGGGUAAGCGAGUUCGCACUGUGCUCCAAGUCGCGAGGAACGAAGGCGGCGUUAUGAUUGGGCAAUCCACUGACGGGCAGCAGCUGACGGUGAAGGGUGGCGAUCCGAAGGGCUUCCCCCUUUCCCACUACGUCGAAGUUAUAGGCAUCGCCGACGGCAAUCAGUCGAUCCGAGCCGAAAUAUGCACUGAUUUUGGUGAACGAUUUGAUGCUGUCUCUUAUAAUGGGUUAUGCCAACUUGCCAAUGGGAAAUACAAGAACCUCUUCCUUUGAUGAUGGUAACUUCUGUUAGAGAUGUUUUUAGCCUCCUGAUAUGUACAUGGAGUUUGCUUUUGUUCAAUUCUAUUUAGACAUUUUCUCAUUGAACCUCUUGAAUGUUAUAUCUAGGAUAUAUGGUAAUGUAUUUGAUUGUAAUGCACUGACUUAUAUCACUGAGCUGCUUUGAUUCUCUCUAUACUGUG